CCCGCGCGGAAGGGCCGCCUCGGGUCGGCCGGGGGCUCGGGCAGGGAGAGCCUGGAGCUGAAGGACAUCUUCAUUGCGGUGAAGACCACCAGGAAGUACCACAGGAGCCGGCUGGACUUGCUCCUGCAAACCUGGAUCUCCCAGGCGAGGGGACAGACAUUUAUAUUCACAGACUGGGAGGAUCAGGAGCUACGCCUGAAAGCAGGGGAUCAUAUGAUCAACACCAACUGUUCUGCUGUCCAUACCCGGCAAGCUCUCUGCUGCAAGAUGUCUGUGGAAUAUGAUAAAUUCCUGGAAUCUGGGCAAAAAUGGUUUUGCCAUGUGGACGAUGACAACUAUGUGAACCCUCGGACUCUCCUGCAUCUCUUAUCUGCCUUCUCACACAGCCAGGAUGUCUAUGUGGGGCGACCGAGUCUGGACCAUCCCAUCGAAGCAGCUGACCAUGUCCAAAGUGAUGGAUCAAAGACAACCGUGAAAUUCUGGUUUGCCACAGGUGGAGCAGGGUUCUGUAUCAGCAGAGGUCUUGCUCUGAAGAUGAGUCCCUGGGCCAGCCUAGGUAAUUUCAUCAGUACUGCAGAAAGAGUGCGUCUUCCUGAUGACUGCACUAUUGGCUACAUCAUUGAAGGGCUGCUGGAGGUAAAGCUGCUGCACAGCCCGUUGUUCCAUUCCCAUCUGGAAAAUCUGCAGAGACUACAAGGCGAGUCUGUGCUGCAGCAGGUAACCCUAAGUUAUGGGGACCCUGAGAACAAACACAAUGUUGUGAGUGUGGGGGGAGUGUUUGGCCUUCAGCAAGAUCCCACCCGAUUUAAAUCUGUCCAUUGUCUGCUCUAUCCUGAUACUAUUUGGUGCCCUGCUAAGAAGAUCUCUUAAUUCUUGACCAGCCGUUGACACCUGUAUCUUACCUAGUUUGUGUAAGACAGGAGUUGUGGUGGACUUUUUUUUUUUCUUUUUUCUUCUGGGAGACAACCAGAGGUAUCUACAAAGGAGGUAGACAGACUCCACUUACAAAAGCAAGAAGGUGUGGUUUGUUC